UAAUGUACAGAGUUGUAUAGUCACAGUUGUCGAGUUGGUCCACUUUUGAUUCCAGCGACUCCGACCAAUCCAGUCGCUGGAGUUGGAAGUGGACCGACUCGUACGAUGAUUUAUGAUUUAGUGCGAGGAAUAGUGUUGUAGACCCAGCUUUAUUAUAUCAAAAUAUCUAACUUUGUUUGACACAGCCGUGUGUACAGUUGCCGAAUAUCUACAGUCCAAUGAAUUUGGUAUUAAACGCAAGUAUCGAGAUUUGAACAAUGGCACCUGAAUAUAAUAGAACAAAUAACUUCCAACUACAUAACAUUCCUCCUGUAUCGACAAGCAUGCCAUAUCCAUUUGUGUCCGCAACUAAUCAGCCUCCACCGGUGCCACCACGUUUUCAUACAGGAGGGUAUAAUACAGGAUAUAAUAUAGGAGGGUAUAAUACAGGAUAUAAUACAGGAUAUAAUAAUUAUAGACCACUUGGUGGCUUUAACUAUUUAAAUGGAGGAUUUGGAGGUGGUUACAGAAAUUAUGGUGGAAAUUAUGGAUAUAAUAACUAUGGACAUAAUAACUAUGGAUAUAAUUCUGGGGAUCCGUUUUAUCAUAUGUCCAUGCCUAAUAAUGUACCCUUUGGAAAUGCAGUAAAUAGCUUUCAGCAUUAUGUUGAAGAAACUACAAGACCAGUUGUCAGUGUAGUAGAUUCUGUAUUAAGUACAUUGUCGUCCAUCACUGCGGUGGUAGAAUCAUCACAUUUUGCUCUAAUCAAUUCGUUUCGGGCAUAUGAAUCUUUAGCAAAUAAUACCGGUCGAAUGCGCUCAACAUUUGGACAAAUAUUAAAAACGUUCAGUUUAAUCCGACUAUUGAAAUGGAUUUAUAGGAAAUUUCUAGCUUUGUUUGGUAGAGGAAAACAGGACAGGAUAAAUGAAAUGUUGUGGAAAAACUCCAUGUCACAAAUGACAAAUGAAGUUAAAGACCAUACGUCGGUAUUCGGGUGGCAUAUGAGCUUUCUGCUCACCACCAUUUUCGCCAUCAUUCCAUAUUUAAUUUUCAAGAUCAUGAGCAAUGUUAGACGGUUUCAAUUUCAACCAAGUAAUCCGUCAACUUGGUUGAAGAGUGAGCGUACUGUUCCAGUAGCAAUAGCAAAGUACGAUUUCAUGCCAGUUUCUAAUGAGGAAUUGACUCUGAAGGUUGAUCAGAAGAUAUGGUUGGCACCACAGCCUGUGCAAGACAAGAACCCGCCAGGUUGGGUCAUGGCCACUGAUGGUAAAACUGUCGGUUUAGUACCUAGGAACUAUAUAGAGAUAACAGGGCAGUUAAUGAAAGCAAACAAACUAAAAGAAGAAAUUGACACUGAAAUGACGGCAUCUGACAAUAUUGCUUCUGAAGAUGUGGCAUCUGAUCAAACCACUAGUUAACAAUAUUGAAAAUGACAUACUUUGUUCCGAAUAUACUGAGGAUGAUUUCGUUUCAGUAGAUUAAUUCUGCAUCACGUUAAUUUUAAAAGCAUAUGCCAUGCUAUAUCUUUAUAUUAUAUAUACGACUGAGAUAUUAAAUAAUACAUA